AUGUCGCAUAAAUCGAUGAUUUCAAUUGUUAUUUUUACAUUAGUCAGUUAUACGUGUAUUCAAUCAGGAAAUACUGCACGGAUAUUAGCUAUUGAGACAUUUGCAGGCAAGAGUCAUUGGAAUUUCAUGAGCUCUGUGCUUCGAGCAAUGACGGACAAUGGACACAAUGUAACGGUAUUUACACCAUUUCUUGAUGGUAAUCGAGAAAACUAUACAGAAAUAGAUAUGUCUAAUAUAUUUCCCAUGAAACUUAACAUGAGUAUAGUGAGGAUGAGAAAUUUAUUCAACAAUUGGUUUACACCAAUUUCAUUUAUGAUGAAAAAUGAUGGUAGACGAAGCUGCGAAAUAUUGCACAAUAAUGAUCAACUAAACGAUUUUUUGGAAAACAAAUUGCAAACCGAUUUUGAUGCAAUUGUCAUUGAACCUGGAAUAGUUUCAGGUUGCUUAUCGUACCUGGGAGCAAACUCAAAUUUGCCAGUGAUAUACACGACUCCGAUUCCAAUAAAUACUUAUACAGAACGUAUUACUUAUGGCGAUGUCAGUAACCCGGCAACGGUAUCACCAAUGUUAUUUAAUUUUGCUGUUCCUAAAACGUUUAUUCAACGGUUCACGAAUACACUUAUUUGGUUGUACUCCAGUAUAAUAGUUAAAUUUCAAGAAUUUUUACUUCAAUUAUUCGAUUCAAAACCUUAUGACUUAGGAACAAUAAAUCCUCCGUCAUUGGUCUUUAUGAACACUCAUUUCAUAAGCGAUAAGUCUAGACCAACUCCGUCAAAUGUUGUGAAUGUUGGUGGCAUUCAUUUAAAACCAUCCAAAAAAAUACCUAAGGAUAUAUUGGAUUUUAUUGAAGAUUCACCACAUGGAGUCAUUUUAUUCACAUUUGGUUCAACUACUGCGAUGUCUUCAAUUCCGAAAUAUAUUUUAACUGCUUUUAGAGAAGCAUUAGCUGAACUUCCACAAAAAGUUUUGUUGAAAUACGAGGGCGAAAUGGAAGAUAAACCAAAAAAUGUCAUGACAAGAAAAUGGUUUCCUCAACGAGAUAUUCUUUUGCACAAAAAUGUUAAGGUCUUCAUCAGUCAUGGUGGAAUAUCUGGAUUAUAUGAAGCAGUAGAUGCUGGAGUUCCAGUCUUAGGAUUUCCAUUAUUCGGUGAUCAGUAUAGGAACAUAGAUAAUUUAGUUGAGGCAGGCAUGGGAAUAUCUAUGGAAAUAUAUGCAGUUACUAAAGACACUUUUUUGAAAAAUUUAUUGGAUCUUGUUAACAAUGAAAAAUACAUUAAAAAUGCCAAAAUUACUUCAGCUAUUUUUAAAGACCGACCAAUGUCACCAGAAAAGUCUGUUGCUUACUGGACAGAAUAUGUUAUUCGUCACAAAGGAGCACCACACCUAAAAUCUCAAGCUCUUAAUUUAACGUGGUACCAAUACUUUUUAUUAGAUAUAAUCGCUGUAAUGCUUAUAUUUAUUUUCAUUUUUAUAUUAAUUGUUUUAAAAUUCUUUAAAUUCAUUCGUACAAUUUACAAAAAAAUAUGUUCAUCAUUCUUUAAGGUAAAAUCUGAUUGA